CCAGCACAGAGCCAUCGUUUUUAUAAUCCCAAACAACUACAAGUCCAGCUGAUUGCACCAAGAUGAACAAAAUUGAAAUGAGCCUUGACGAUAUCAUCAAGUUAAAUCGGAUUGAGAAAGAAGAAGCUCGUGGAGAUUAUGGACGAGUUUGUCGCCCUGGCGGACACGGAGGAGGUAAAGGAUCGAUCCGGAAUCCAGCGCCAGGAAGUGGAGGCAAGGGGAUUCUUAAAUCUCGCGGAGAAACUGGACGCAUUCAGAAGUCCAAGUACACAAGGGGCAAAGUGGUCAGUGGAGAGUAUGUGCCCACUCGUCUCAUGGUUUGCAAUUUGGAUUUUAGCGUUUCCGACAUGGACAUUAUAGAACUGUUCAGUGACAUUGGGGCGUUGCAAAAGGCGAAUGUGCACUAUAAUUCCUUCGGUCGCUCAUUGGGGACCGCCGAAGUGGUGUUCAAGUAUCGCAAUCACGCCAUGAAGGCCAUCCGACAGUUCCAAGGAGUGCGAUUGGAUGGACGCCCCAUGACAAUAUAUCGGGCUACGACCGCAUCCAAUGCCGACUGUAGUCCUUUCAAGCCCCGUCCUUUCAGGACUGGUCCUUUCAAGAGUGGUCCUAUUAAGAGUGGUCCUUUCAAGCGUGAUCAAUUCAAAUCCCGUUCUUCUACACGCCACAAUUACAAGCGAGUUGGUAGCUGUGGUUCUGCAAGUUGGGGCAAAUUCAGGUCGGAAUCGAACUAUAAGAAGGAGUCCAAAGAAGUGCGCGCAAGGACCUAUCCAGAAUCGAGUUCCUCCUGGCUGCCGAACUGGACUCGUAGAUCUCCGUCAAUUAAUUAUAUUUAGGCAGUAUUCAAUCCGCAGUAUGGACCAGUCUCAGCAUGGAACAACAAAAACCAAUAACCCAGAAUUGUAAUUUUUACAUAAACAAUUUAUAUACUGAUAGUUACAUUGCUACAUAAGAAUGCCAUUACUCAACCCGCAACAAAAGUUUUGUAUAAAUAUGUACAGAAAACUCAAUUUUGUUGCUUUCAAAUGAUUUGAAGUUUUUAACCCACUUACAUCAUUUUAUCAAAGAAAAUAAAAAGUAGCUAUCGCCUA